GACAUUGAUUCUCUGUAGACUGGCUGUCCUGGAACUCACCUUGUAGAGCAGACUAGUCUCAAACUCACAGAGAUCGCCCUGUCUCUGCCUCCCGAGUGCUGGCUGCGAUUAAAGGCGUACAGUACACACCACCUGGCCCACCCGCCAUCUGUCUUAAUGAAAGCAGGGAUUCAUGUGGUCCAAGCACCUUGAAAUGACUGUGCCGCUGGGGAUGACCUUGAAUUCCUGACCCUGCUGCCUCCUCCUCCAGCGUUCUGGGAUGAUGGGUGAGCAUCAGCACACCCGGUCUGCACGGGGUGAGGCGCUGCCCAGGGCUUCAUGUACGCUGGGUGAGCGCGCUGCCCACUAAGCCACAGCCGUAACUCGCUCUCUUUUAUUUAGGGAAGAUCUCACUGUGUCGCCCUGGCUGUCCUGGAACUCCCCGUGAGGACCAGGCUGGCCUUGAACCAGCAGAGCUCUGCCUGCCUCUGUUCACCCCUCUCCUGUCAGCCCAGCCUCUGGCUCUGCUCCCUGCCAGGGCUGGCCUCUACCGUCCCUUUUCCCGUCCUUGUCCUUGUCUCUCACACAGCCACUCCUGUCCCAGGUUGCUGUGGAUCCCAGAUUAUUGGGGGCCGUGAAGUGACACCACAUUCCCGGCCCUACAUGGUCUCUGUGAGCUUCGAGGGCCGUCACCACUGCGGAGGCUUUCUGCUCCACGUCCGCUGGGUGGUGUCAGCUGCGCACUGCUUCAAUGACAGGGACCCCUCCACCGGCCUGGUGGUGCUCGGGGCCCAUGCUCUGCUCAGACCGGAGCCCACACAACAGGUAUUUAGCAUUGCGGCUGUGGUCCAGCAUCCCAGCUACCAGCCUGCCACACAGGCCAACGACAUCUGCCUGCUAAAGCUGAAUGGCUCUGCUGUCCUGGGCCCUGCUGUGCAGCUGCUGGGGUUGCCGCGGAGAGGUGCCUGGCCACCCUUGGCAGGGAGGCGCUGCCGUGUAUCUGGCUGGGGCUUCGUGUCUGACUUUGAGGAGCCCCCGCCGGGGCUGAUGGAAGCCGAGGUACGAGUGCUGGACCUGAGCGUCUGCAACAGUUCCUGGCAGGGUCGGCUGAGCCCUGCCAUGUUCUGCACCCGCAGCGGGGACCGCCGGCGGCGUGGCUUCUGCUCGGCAGACUCUGGGGGACCCUUGGUAUGCGGGAGCCGGGCCCACGGCCUUGUCUCCUUCUCAGGCCUCUGGUGUGGUGACCCCAAGACCCCAGAUGUCUACACUCAAGUGUCCGUGUUUGUGGCCUGGAUAUGGGAUGUGGUUUGGAGAAAUUCCUCCCCCGGGUGUUAUGGAGUGCUCUGUGAGUGAUGUUUGAAUCUCAGCCUCCUACUGGGACAGAGAUGAAUGACAACCUGUGCCCAUUGGCUCUGAUCUGGAAUAUUCCAUGGCUUGGCUGGAGAACCCUGAGAACCUGUGGUUUGGGCUGCAGGCAUGUAUCCGGACUGAACAGUGGUACUGAGGGCUGACUAACAAGACACAUAGCUCAUGGCUUAGGUGUGGUUAAGAAGGGGCCCUGACCACACCCUCACCCUCUAGGCAAGACCCUUUCACAACUCCCAGUCGUCCACUAUGCCCCCUCCUGACAACACCCGCUCCCACCCUGGUGACUCCAGGGCAGCUAGUCUGUCCUGAACUGCAGACUAACCCCACUGACACACGGGAGUACGGGAUACAGCGAGGACAGAAUAAAAAUAACAAA